UCAAAUGAUAGCUAAAUGUUUGGCAAAUUUAUCUUAUUCUAGUUUCAUACUAUUUCGGUGGCAGUUGAUCGGUUUAGCUUAAAAUGGCGGUUGCUGCUGCUGGAGCAGUAACAGUAACCACAGCAGGCGUACGUUUACUUUCAGCCCCGCGCACGUUAGAUUCUAUCAGGACUUCUUCAUUCGUGACAACGGCGUCAUACUCGAAGUUGGGUUUUUCCCCAGUGCGGAUAAGGAACAAUGAACCAGCAAGAAAGAAGCUUUUGGUUAUCCGAGCUUCAAGAACCGAGUCUCAAGGCGUUUCUCUUGGUUCCAGGGCUCCUAAUUUCCAGUUGCCAGAGCCUCUGACUGGGAAGACUUGGACUUUGGAGGAUUUUGAAUCUUACCCUGCUUUGUUGGAUAAUUGUGACGCAGCCAAUGCUUCAAAAGUGUUAAAUUUAUGGAAUGCAGAAGCUCCAAAUAGGUAUUUCAACAAGCACCUGCUCUCUCAGUUUCAGGUUAUGUUUCUAUGCAACCACUGCCCAUUUGUAAAACACUUGAAGAAGGAUCUUGCAAAGCUUUCCAAUUUCUAUAUGAAGAAAGGGCUCGCUGUUGUUGCAAUAUCUUCAAAUUCUGUCGCCACUCACCCACAGGAUGGACCACAAUUCAUGGCAGAAGAUGCUAAGCUGUAUAAUUAUCCUUUCCCUUACCUAUAUGAUGAGACUCAAGAUGUUGCAAGAGAUCUUGGGGCAGUUUGUACGCCAGAGUUUUUCCUAUUUAAAAAGGAUGGAAGGAGGCCAUUUGAGCUGGUAUAUCACGGCCAAUUUGAUGAUUCCAGGCCAAGUAAUAGUGUUCCUGUUACUGGAAGGGACUUAAGCCUUGCUAUAGACAGUGUCCUUAGUGGCCAACCAGUACCAUCAGUUCAGAAACCAAGUGUUGGAUGCAGCAUAAAGUGGCACCCGCAAAAGAGCUAGUAAUCUGCAAAAACUUUUCCAGUUAUCUGAUGAACAUACUGUGAGUGCA